UAGACAGCCCUAAUUUCUUCCACCUCUUUCUCACUCUCGCUCUCUCGUCUGUGAUUUGCAAGAUAGCAAGCACGGCUGUUCUCUCACUCUCGCCACCAGAAUCCCUCUCUCUCUCUCUCGUGUCUCUUUGAGCCCUUGACGCGGAGCCGCCUUCCUUCCAUCGACACCAUCAACAAAGCAGCUGAAAUGAGAGCACAACAGGCAGCAGGGGAAUCUUUUUGGGAGAAAAAGGCGUAGACCACUUAGCACUGAACCAUGAACUCUCUGAACUGGUGAAGUUCAUUCGGUCAGUAGAAGAAGACUACUACCAUGGCUAUUUUGAGUAUUGGACUCCGACAGUUACCCAUUGUAUGCUGUUUGUAAUUUGCAUUCAAGCAUUUGGGUUUAAUUUCAGAUAUUUGAGAUGGAAUCAAACUUAGAGGAAGCGCUCAGGUUUAAAGCAAAUGCUGAAAAAAAGUUUGCAGAGAGAAAUUCUGUCUGUGCAAGGAAUUAUGCUUUAAAAGCUCAGAUGUCCUGUUCUGAACUGGAGGGCGUUUCUCAAAUGGUGGCAACUUUUGGAGUUUACAUUGCUUCAGAGGCAAAAAUUAAUGGAGAAUUUGAUUUCUAUUCAAUUCUUGGAAUGGAUCCAUACAUAGACAAGUCUAAGUUGAAGAAACGGUACAAAAAGAUGGCAAUGUUGCUUCAUCUCGAUAAGAACAAAACUAUGGGUGCUAAUGGAGAAAAGGUAAUUGCUGAAGAGAAUUUUGAAGAAUUACGUAGUCUAGUUUUUGUAUUUAUAGGCUAACUUGUUUUCUUUGAUAAAAGUAAUUUCGUUUUUUCAA